AUGAAGAUUAUGCCUUCAACUGAAGUACUCCACCAACUUCCUGUUUAUUCCAAGCGAAUAAAGUACUAUCUUGGAGAAGUUAUAGAUCUUGAAGAAGAAGAAAUUGAGAAACAAGGAAGUUGUACACGUCCUAAGAAGAGGAAGCAUCCGCCUAAGAUGAAGGAUCCAGGGAGUCUUACUAUCUCAUGCGCCAUUGGAGAUGUUGAUGUAGGGAGAGCUUUGCUAGAUUCCGGGUCUCGUAUUAACUUGAUGCCCUUAUCUUUACUGAUAAAGAUUGGUGGGCUAACAUUGAAACCAUCUAAUCUUUCUGUGGUGGUGGCGGAUGGAUCUUCGAAGAGACCUGCUGGUGUAGUGGACGAUGUGGUCUUUCGUGUUGAGUAUCUUGAAUUUUUGGUCGAUUUUGUCGUAAUGGAGAUGAAGGCCAAUGAGAUGAUUCCAUUGAUUCUUGGAAGGCCUUUCAUGAAAACGGCUAAAAUGGUUAUAAGCAUUCAUGAUGAAAUGGUUAUGCUGAAGGACCAAGAAAACAAGUUGAUUUAUACUAGCUUUGUGGAAAGGCUCACACGAAUACAAAAGAGGGCCAAAUAUAGAGCUUCAAGGAAAGAUGUUGCAUUUUGA